AUGGCCAAAAGACAGCAGUUUUUCUAUCUAUUUGUGGUGUACUGUUUUCUUUUGCCAUCGAUUUAYGGCCARCUUUAUUCUGAUCYAAGAAAAAMAGCAGGUCCUCCAAAGCACGYCUGYGACUUUGAUAGAUGUAAAGGGAAURAUGGWCCAACAAUUAUUGGAAGAGUUCAGGGACUGACUCGAUUGAAUGGAAUAAAGGUUGGUCAUAGACAAGAAGUAGAUAUAGGAGAAGAUGGAAAAAGAACACUGAUUACAAGAGCCAUGCGACCGCUUCUUUUCGAAAUUCCUAAUUUCCUCUCGGAAGAAGAAUGCCAUUACAUCAUUGAGUCGGCCCAAAAUGCAGGCAUGUUUUCGAGUAUAGCCAAGGGUGGAUUAACAGAAGUGGACACAUGGACGUUUACGUCAACUAUCAAAGGCAAAGCAGACGGGCCGAGAGGACUUUACGAAAACUGGGAUUUCGAUAUGGAUGAACAGAUAACCAUUGACGAGAUAAAGAAAUUUGCAGCAAUACAGAGAUACCUUUACCUGAGUGAAAAGGAAAUAAAGACUAUGUUUAAAACUCUAAAUAUGACAGAACUUGAUGAUGAUGUUAUAACUCGCGAAGAGUUUGAAGACAUGAACACGAUGUUACUGGAUAGCUAUUUAUAUCAACUGAGUCAAACCCACCCAAAACACAGACAGAGAUACAGUGAUCAGGUCUGGUUGAACCAAAAGGAGCACGGUGGAAUUAUGGAGAAAGUUCAAGAAAGGGUACUAAAGCUCACGAAUCUAUCCAAAGAAAUCAUAUAUGGCAGCGAAUUUGUUCAGGUUCUUCGGUAUGGAGUUGAAGGCCAUUACCAUGCACACUAUGACACUGAAACCCACGAGCAUCCCGAGAUCCAUUGCUGCCACCAAAAACCUGUCAUCGAUCCAUCUAAACUAGGAACAAAGAAGUGCAAGCUAUGCAGGUAUAUUACUAUCUUAUUCUAUUUGAAUGACGUGGAGGAAGGAGGAGAGACUGCUUUUCCGGUAGCAGACAAUGGUACACUCGACGCGAAUCAUGUGUUUAUGAACCGACAAAAAGGCAAAGAUCUCCACAACAUGAGCGAGUUCUGCCAAGCAGGGAACCUGGUCUUCAAACCAAAACAAGGAACAGCCAUUAUGUGGUAUAACCAYCUACUAGACGAGGAAUCGGACUGGAUGGGUGAGCGAGAUGCUUUCAGUCUACACGGUGGAUGUAAGAUCAGUAAAGGAUAUAAAUGGGCCGCMAAUUAUUGGAUAACAGCUCCUUAUAAACAUAAUGCACAUGAGAAGAGUAUUUAUUUACCUUGGGGUAAAAUUCUGCUGGAGGACCCAGAAAAAUAUCAAGAAUAGGUCCCACAAAAUCGCUUACAACGAGACUAAAAGUGGACAUUCCAUAGCCCAUAAACACCUUUCUCGAGGACAUGUAUCUAGUAGCAUACUGAAAGCAUUUAUCUUUAUGAAACGAAAGUGGAUCAUAGUGAACGGUGGGCGGGCAAAAAAUGCGAUGUCAGCAUCGAAGCAAAACCUUCACCCUUUCUGAGUGGGGAUGGAUCGAACCUUUUCGACAUUUUUUAUUUCGCUUUAAUUUUCUACCAAAAAACUAAUAUAAUAUAUUUCUAUCUUAUCUAGGUCAUAAAUAAAUAUAAAGAUAUCGUCAUAAUGAGUACAAUAAUAAACAGUUAUCAAUCCUUCAAUUCCUCACUAUUCUUCCUAAUAUUUAGUCAUUCCUGAGUCUCUGAUGAGUCAAGGUAAUCGGGUGCGUCGCCGUGAAUAAGAUAAGCCAAAUUGCCCUCCAGCAACGCGAUAAGCGUGUUAUCAGUGCAUUCAAUGCGUUUAAUCUGUGCAUCAUUUAACACUUUAAACACCUUACGCUGUUAUCUUCUACAGCCUGAGCGAGAAGCUAAGAUUAGACGCUUUCUAAAUAUUUACCAGGCAUCGAUCGUGGACGAUAAGACUUGCUUUGAUGUCCAACGUCUUACUAACUGUUCAUUAUCUGCGAAUUUAUCUUCUAAGAUAUCGUAAAAAUCAAGGCAGAGAUAAUUUUCAGAUGCGGAAAGUAAACUUGCAUCGGUUUUGGUCAUACAAAUAAAAUCAAAACUUGAAGAUUAAUGCAAACGGUUUAUUCAUAAUAGACUCAUAGCAACAGAAGUUAAGCUAAAAUCAUUUGAAUGAAAUACUUGCGUUUGACUAUCCGUUUUCAGUGMAUUUGAGUAUAGGGCAUGUUCUCUUCCCGCUUUGAAAUCGUUGAGGAUGAAACUACAAUGACAAAAGAAAUAGACAUUUUUUCCCUUCUUUUGCAAACUGGGGAAUGAAAUUGAAUUAUUUUGGGAACUGCAGAUUCAGAAAGUGUAAAUGUUUGCGCAAUUGAUAGAAGACAUUGACUAUCACUCAAAAGCCAUCCAAAAAAAGAAUAGUUUACGCAUGAACGACGUCAGUAGGCAGAGGGAGGUCAGAGUAGAAUACCGAGGUUCUUUGAGCUUUUCGUAUACGUGUUUAAUAGCCUAAGAUACUCUCUCUCUCUCUAUCUAUGCUCACGUCAAGGCUGUAGGUAAAGAUAAUAUUCAAUACUAACAGUAUUAAAGAUCAUUUAACUCAA